AGAGAGAGAGAGAGACACGUACUGCUGGUCUCCGUAACAAUGGAUGAAGAACAAUAGCUGUGUCUGUCACAUACAAUCCAUGUAUGGAUUUUUGGAGCAAACAAGUGGAGUCCACUUUGUCAUUAACCUGUAGUGGGAAACAGGUGUUUCUGUGGGCGGCCACGUAUCGAAUGCCUUUGGGGUGGCAGAUACUUUGGAACAAAGCAAUGGAGAUCAUUGGAGAUUGAGGUGUCGUAUGGGUUCCAUUGUGGAACAUGUGGAUUUUGUAAUUUCUCUCUAUUUCCUCUCUACAUUUUGUCUUCAGUCAAUGGUGGUUUUGCAAAAGCCUUUGCUCACGUUUCACCUGAUGACUUGCUGAACUGAACUUUGAGAACUAUUCCUGGACUUGGAGUUUGGGAAUUUGCCACACACACUUUGAGUAUUAGUUUUGGGGAUUAGGUUUAAUAUCUAACAUUUUUACUUUUAUUAAUAACUACUUGUAGUAAUAAGUAAAUAGUUUUUAACACUUGUACAUGACUCGGUGUGUUUCUAUUGUUGCUGGUACAUAACAUCGGGGACAUAGGUGGAAACUUUAAAUUUAUAUAGGCAGCUCCCAUGUUACAGCUGUUUGAGUUAUGUAAAUUUGCCAUUACAGAAUUCACAAAUCACUAACCAAAAAUUUGAGAUACAGAAUAAUAGUCACUUUCAUGAAAUUUAUGUGAAGAAAAAGUAAACAAAUAAACACAAAAUUUACUUUUUUCAACUCAUGUUUCUUGAAGUAUGCACCAAUGACAUGAUUUUACAUAACAGAAAAUCACAAUAUGAACCAUUUUCUAGGAAGGCAACCCCCUGUAAUGUGGGUGUCACCUGAAGAUACUUUGAAAGUAGCAAUCCAACCCCAACCACCAUAAACUUCCAUUGGUCUGAGGUUAUGCAUGUCCAAAAAUAUUUCAAUCCUAAUGUUAAAGUGAUGCAUUCUGAUUUACAUUUAACACUUUCAUCUAUCGAAAUGAUUUUCUUUUAAACUAAGAUUAGAACAAAAAUAUGAUUGUGCUCACUGAAAUUCUAGUUUUCACCAAUAUUCAAAAUGCCUCCAAAAAUGUCUGAAUAACCCAUUAUUUAUCAGCCUAAAUAAGCUUCGUGUCAGGCUAAUGAAUAGUGAUGACAAUCUUUUGAGAAAGUCCAGGUAACCCAUUUUGAUCGUCACCAAAUACUCCAUCACCAACAUCUUGUUUGGUUGGGGGUGUAAGUUGGAGAAGUCACCACUAACCAACCACAUCAGCAUCACAGCAGGACUGAGGCUGGCUGCAAGUAUUAGCUCACCUUCCACCUCCUCAAACAUUCUGUAGCAUCUAUAAAGCUGCUUCUUCUUAGGCAGUCCUUUGAAGUCAAAGAUGGCUUGCUUCAACUCAAGUUCUAUGGGUUCUGAGAUGGCUUAAGAGUCCUAAGUAGGAUGCACAAAGUCUGCCACAGGUGAGGCAGAUUUUGCUUAAUGGAUACGUUUGGGAUGUUGUGUUCUCCUUCCGCUAUUUACUUGUUCCCAUCGUAGAGACUUGAGGUGCUUGAUGCCUUCCCGAAUACUCGUCCUUGGACCAGGGGUUUCCAUUUGUCAGUGAAGAUAGUACUUUCAUUUUUAAGGACACUGAGAGAUGUCCCAGAAGUAAUUUUUCUGUCCUCCUGAAAAUUUUGUGCUGUGAUGUGCUUGGGGUACAUCUUUGCCCCCCACCGCCCUUCCUUCAUUUCAACUUCCUUGCCCCACUAAAACACACCACAUUUGUUGAUAUGACAGGGGGUGGGAUAUAAUGAAGGGAUAUAACGCCAUUAAAAUGUUGAGGCGGAAAUUAGUCAUGUCCCAACAUGUAUUGGGAAAAGGGGCUGAAUGAAUUUGGGGACUUGAGUAUCUUUUUUACCCGAGGGUGGCGAGUACCUGGAAUACACUGCAGAGUCAGUGACAACUUCUAAGAAGUGUCUAGAUGAGCACUUGAAUUGGCUAAGCAUAGAAGGCAAUGAACCAAAUGCUGGAAGAUGGGACAAAUGCGGAUGGGUGUCCACCGGUCGGGGUGGAACGUGGUGGGCCGAAUGGCCUGUUUCCCUGCUGCAUGACUCUAUGAUAAAUCACAAAUCAGUGAUUUAUCGUAGAGUCAGUGUAAAUUUCCCCAACUAUUGAACAAGCAGCUACACAAAAGCAACAAGUCCCUUACCUACCACAGUGCCUGAUGCUCUAAGGUAACAUAAAGGGAACGAAUAUCAUUCGAGUGAGCGGAACAUGGGCUGGGGGUUUUUAAUCGGUUCUUUUUUGUGAUUCUGUAACGUUUGCUCAACAGGAAAGACACCACAAGGCUGCUGAUGGCCCGCAGGGCGGCGGGGCCGCUCUCCCGCGGAGGUCCCAGCGCGGCCGCACGCCGCUCUUCCGGGCAACGGGCCCCCUCCCUCCGGGCUGUUCUCGGCUCCCUCCCUCCCCUGCCCAAAAUUCACUUCCGUCACAUCAUGGCGACACGGAUCGUACAGGAGGCGGGCAGGCUGGAUCUAAGAGCCAAGGACGGAGAGUUUGGAAGUGAAACCAUGGAAACCCAGGAGAUUUGCAGGCUGGAGGUGGCUUCCAGAAGUUUGUUGGUGAGUGGGUCCUGCACCGACUCUGAGCCCGUCCUGCAGCCAAUGGACAGUACCACUGACCUAAUUGGGAAUGGGUGCACCUUGCAUCAGGCCCAUUACACUGGAAAGAAUAGGCUGCUGUCAGCUGAGCACACCUGUGUCACGCUGGAAGCAAGAGGGGAGAUACCUGGCAGCGAGGAUAUGCGAAUGGACCCAGCUGGAGGAGAGCAAGAUCUGGUUCUGGAUAAAAACAAGGAAAAGGCGCUAGGGAAGGAGGUGAUGCUGCUGAUGCAAGCACUGAACACACUCAGCACUCCAGAGGAGAAACUAGCAGCUUUGUGCAAGAAAUAUGCAGACUUGUUGGAAGAGAACAGAAGUGUCCAGAAGCAAAUAAAACUUCUUCAGAAGAAGCAGGCGCAGGUAGUGAAGGAGAAGGUUCACCUGCAGAGUGAACACAGCAAAGCCAUUUUGGCUCGAAGUAAACUGGAGAGUCUUUGUCGCGAACUUCAGCGCCAUAACAAAACGUUAAAGGAGGAGAACCUGCAGCGAGCUCGGGAGGAGGAAGAGCGGCGCAAGGAAGUGACAGCACAUUUUCAGAUGACCCUCAAUGAGAUUCAGGCCCAGAUGGACCAGCAUAACCUGCACAACACAAAGCUACGACAAGAGAACAUUGAACUUGCCGAGCAACUGAAGAAGCUCAUCGAACAGUACGAGCUGCGGGAAGAGCACAUUGACAAGGUGUUCAAGCACAAGGAGUUGCAACAGCAGCUGGUCGAUGCCAAACUUCAGCGAACUACAGAGAUUAUGAAAGAGGUGGAUGAGGAGCAUCACAGGGAGAGGGAGUUUCUGCUAAAAGAAGCCACUGAAUUAAGGCACAAAUGUGAAUUCAUGAAGCAACAAGAGGCGCAGCUGAAGCAACAGCUUUCACUCUAUAUGGAUAAAUUUGAAGAAUUUCAGACCACACUGGCAAAGAGCAAUGAAGUCUUUACAACAUUCAGGCAGGAAAUGGAAAAAAUGACGAAGAAAAUCAAGAAGCUGGAAAAAGAAACUACAGUCUGGCGCACUAAAUGGGAGAACAAUAACAAAGCACUCUUACAGAUGGCAGAGGAGAAAACCCUUCGAGACAAGGAAUAUAAAGGUCUACAAGUGAAACUGGAGCGGUUGGAAAAGCUGUGCAGAGCUUUGCAAACUGAGAGAAAUGAUUUGAAUAAAAAAGUGCAGGUCCUUCAGUGUCAGCUUUCAGGAAGCGAUGGGACCUUGAACCUGACAGAAGAGGUAUACCAGGCUUGCAAAACACCAGAUUCCUCAGAAAUGGCUGAAGUGAACACAACCAGUCAGGAAGGAGAAGGAAACCCAUCUCGUGUUCCGGCUGUUUUAGAUCAAGAGUGUUCAACUGGAGAUCUAGAAAACGCUGCAAUAGCUUCAGGCAUUGAUUCCGUUGACUAAAGUUAUCUGUUUUAAAAAGAAAUUAUGUGGAGUUAUAUAUUUUUGUGUAAUUAUUGUUUGACUUGUUCUUGGUACUUAUUGGCUUUGUGGUGAGAAUUUCUUACACAUUUUUCUACCAUAUCUGUAUUUUCUUAGGGGAUAAAAGGAAUUUGUGGUUCUGGUAGCUGUAUGGUGGGUCAAGUUAGUCUCCUUUAUAAAUUUUCAUAAUUGAGUACAUUUGCUUCAUUUUUUUAAUAUUGAAUUUUUUGCAUUGAAGUCCACCUCAAAUACUCCAAAUACUUCUGAGAUGUGAACAUUUCCAUGUAAUUUAAAUAACAAGGUUUUUUUUAUAUAUUUUUCUGCAGUGUUGAGUACAACCAGGUUUAUUUGAGAUGAGCUUCCACAGUUUGGAUUGUUUCCUGAUUUUCUGAUGCUGUAUCUUUCAACUCCAGACCUCCCAUAAAACGCUGUUGCUUGAUUGAAAGUUCUAAAGGACGUAGGAACACUUAAUGCUUGAAAGAAGGAAGAAUGGUGUCUAAAUAUGAUAUAUCACUUCAAAUGGGCAAAAGUUGAUAGGAAACAUUGAGAGUUUGAAAUAUUCUGCAGUGUUGCAGGUUUUCCAUAUCUUUAGUUUAAUGAACCUCCUAUAGAGUUGUACCACUUGUUGAAUUAGGGUUGCUGCCCCUUAAUUGUCCUCCUUAAGUACACCCUGAAACUGUAAGAAACUGGAGUACCAUUUGUUCUAUUCUGUUCCCCGUACUUGAGAGUAAAAAAAAGCUUCCAGAGAUUUUGACCCUCAGUUAUUAGUGCUGGGAUUAAGCUAUUUUUAGCACAGUUUUUGUUGGUUUGAGAGAAGGGACUGACCCUGACUUGCAUUUUAAUAUUUUUUUUAUUUGGUCCUUUCUGUAGUCUUUUUGGUCAAACCAGCUGUUUUAUUUCAGUUUUUAUUUUUAAGAAUAAAGGGGAAAAUGUUCCUCUAGACUUCUUUAAUGUAGCCAUGGCAGCUGCACUAUCCUUUCACCUCAGGAUUUGAACCUAGACCAAAGCUAAGUGGAUGAAAUCUUGUCUCAGGCUAUGAGGGUGAUUUUUGGCAUUUUCCAACUGCUUUGAUGUUGGACCUGUCUGGUGUACGGGAGUCAGCUGGAGCAGAAUGGUGACUUUAGCCUCACAAGGGUACCAAAAGUAAAUUGUUAUCCCAUUCCUAGUGCUGAAUUUGGUAUGAAAUGUAGAUUCCAUGGCAGAGUUGUAGUCGUAAUUGAAUGGAAACUCUUUAGAUUCAAACUCAUGAUUGUGGGCAAGUUGAUAAGGUGGCUAACCUGGGACUCAUUCUGGAAAGACAAAUAACUAUUUAUUUACAAAUUACUUCUGUCAGCUGAUCUAAGUACUCAAACUACCUGACAAUGUAAUUUUCAUUCAAGAAGUGAACAGUUAUUCAUUUAUUGAACUGUUCUCCUUUUCUGAAUUCUCUUCACUUGUCUUGCUAUUCAGUGCUAUCUCUCAGAUUAGUACAUGGUUCACUAGCACAUAGCAUGGGAUGUGGAUUUCAGCUCUUGCACUGUGAAUGAUCAAAAUCAUCUUAUGGAAUUGUUAAAGAUCAACCAUGGCUACUGGAUUGCAACCAGUAUUUCUGCUCAAGCAAGGUAUGUGGAUUUAAUUUGGAUGAGGCAAAAAAUAUUCAGGUACUCUUUUUGGAGUUGGACACAUUUCUGUAUAUGAUUUAGAAACUUUUUUUUAAUCAUUUGCCCCAUGCUGUUCUGUGUUUACAGGUCUGAGCAGCUUGGCUUCGGUAGGGGCUUUUCGUUCCACACUUGAACUUUGCUUAUGAUGUGCAGUACCGUGGAAUCUAAAAACACUUCUCUCUUUUCCUAUCGACAAAUCAAGUCACUCCAGUGGCUGUAGGUCUUUCCUGCCCAUGAAAUUGAUAUGAGCCUGUUUUGAUCAGCCUAUUAUAAAGAUAAUGGAAAUCAUUGGAGAUGUGUUGGAAAUGAUGGUUGCGAAGAAUUUCUAAUUACUUUAGAGAAGGAGGAAAGAGGACUUGGCAAAGAGCCAACACAAGUUUAAGUAGAAGUUGUGCUCAAAGUUUCUUGUGAAGUGCUGGUUGUCCAACGCUGUAUUUGAUUCAACACUUCAAGCGAGUGGAUGAUUGGUGUCCCUUUUCAUAUGGUGCUUCCUGGAUGUCCUUUAAGUUUGAUAGAUCUCCCUUGGCUUUGGUGAUAAAUGAAAUUUUCUCAGACUGUCCCCAUGAUUUUUGCAAGACUUGUUCUGUUUGGGAGGAAAAUGUUGGAUCUCGUGUGCUUAAAUACCUAGAACCCAAAGAUGUCAUAUUAGAUAUUUGUUUCCUCUACCUCCUUGAAGUGUGUCAUCCUUGUCUGAUGUAAUUUGUGAGAUAUUCCACGAUUCUCUUCAAUUCUUUGGACACUUUCACUCUCUUUCCUUCACUCCCACACCACAUCCUGAAUGAAGUUAUUCCAUGAUUCUCAGUUGCAAAAUCUUUUUCAAAUGGAGCUUUACUUUAACCUCACUAUUUGAAUUUAAGCUGCAUUCAUGAGUUUGGUUAGAUCCAAAUACCAGGGCUCAAAAUUAAUAGUAAUCUUUAACAUAGUACAGGCCCUUCAACCCGCCAUGUUGUGCCGGCCUUCAAACCUCGCCUAAGACUAUCUAAUCCCUUCCUCUUAUCGAAUGCCUUUAUGACCAACUUUUUAGAUAGAGGUACAACCAUUUGUCCUCGGUUGCUGAAACACAGCAUGUGUUCCUUUGGUUGGCUCUGGCUGCAAUUAAUCUUGUGUACAGAAAAAUGUUGUAUUGUAGAGCAAACUGAGCAGUACCUGCAGCCUGCAUUCAUAAUCAAGCACCUGCAUUCAUAUUCAAGCACCAAAUAUUAAACAAAAGAUCUGGAAUAUCUUUACAUCAGGGACAUAAAGGGAUCUUACUCAUUUAGGAGGUGGCUAUGGUUAUGGUUGGGGUUAGGAUUAAUGGAGGUGUGGCAGUGGGAUGCAGGGGGUUGGAACCAUUGCCAACCUUGAUCCUGUGAAUUCUUUACUGCACUUCAUGCCAUUUCCUGUAUUCCAGUAUCCCAACACAUUGCCAGAUAGGAAGAUACCAGUUUAUGGCCAGCAAAAUACAUCCAUUUCAAAGUGUGAAAACCAGUGGUACUUGGAUUUUCAUUCGUAGUCACGUAAUCUCAAUUGGGUUAACUUUAUUUGCAAGCCCACAUUAAGUUUUAUCUAGUUCAUAAACAAGAUCCCUUAAAUGAGUAAAAUUAACACCUAAAUUUAACAUCUGUUUUACAAUUCAUAAAGUGAGCUGUUUACAUCUAGGAUCAUUUUUAUAUUGAGAUUAAUCAAUCUAACAUGUAUUUUAUUGUAGUACAAAUUUGUGCAAUCCAUUCCCUCAGAUGGGUAGUUUCACCUCAUUUUCUGCUCUUUGCAAUAUAUUUGCACUUGUCGAGCAAAGUUACUGCCUACUUUAUUCAGAUAAAGUUGUAUAUGUGUAAGGUAGCUACUCACAAAGUGAAUAAUGAUGAUCCAGUAGGUUGGUGAAGCAGCACUCCAGCCGUUCAGGCUCUGAUCAAAAGAAUAUUGUGAGACCACAUUGUGCUGCUCUGCCACUGAGCACUGACUGGAUACUCAUUGGUGAAACACACUUUUGCAAAAUUGCCAUUCAUCUCAGAUUCAAGGUUCAAGGAAGCAAUGUAGCCUACUUUACAUUUUAUUUGGAACAAGUAAAAUUCUGUUCCUGUGAUUAACAUUUCCCUUUUUAUUUCAAUCAAAUUCAAGGUUUAUUCCUUGUACAAUGCGAGGCAAUGCAAUCCCCAGGGAGUUGGCAUUAAUUGACUGAUGGAAGUAAAUUAAGAAAAUGUGAUAAAUCAAAAUACACGUGAUUUCCCUUAAUAUUACUUGAGUGAUUCUAGAAUGCUUUUGUUGCUUCAGAAGCUAUACCCUAACUGAUCUCAAGACUUUGUGUCCCUCCCUUUCUGUCUGUGAGCUAAAACUUUUGCUAGCACUUGAACUGCCUCCUUAAGAUUAUUUGAAGAUGCUUGCUGCCAUCUAUAUGCUUAUUUACACAAUCAGUGUUGGUGUAAUGAUGUACUAAAUAAUUUGAUGUUUAGAAGGGUGCAUUUAAAGUUGGGAUUUGAAAUAUCUUGCUACAACUACCUAUUAUGUUUUGAUAUUCCACAAAAUAACAAUGCACAAAGUUGAUCUUGAACAUAUCUUAAAGCAUGGGUUUUAUAAAUUAAUUUUGCCAUGUCAUAUUAGAUGCUUAGCAGGUUAUAUGUAGCUGUGACUUCACAUGAGGAAGUGGGGAAAGGAGUCCAAAAUUUGGUGUUUUUUUUAAAUGCCUUCUAAUCUUAGUGGUGAUAGGGAGAAUUAGUUAUUCUAAAUUACAUCUGCACUUCCUUCCAUCUGGUGGUGAGAUGUAGUAAGUGGCUCAGUUUUCCUAAUUGAGAUUGGCAUGACUUCCAGCAGUUGAGUGAAUGUUGGUACAUUACAUUGAAAAUGGCAUAAAUCUGUUCUCCUUCACCACCUAGUGGAUUUUUAGGCAGUUUUACUCUGACUUAAACAGCAAAGCACUGGUUGCUACUGACCAAGUUGAUCUCAGCCACUAUUAGUCUGACUUGCCCCUGGGCUAAAAGAUGAGGAGGGAUUGGGAUGAGAGAUAGUCAUAGGAUCAGAAUUUUUCACCUAAAUGCAAUUUUACAAAAUAUACUUGUGGAUAUUGAGUUAGAUGAAAAAGUUCUCCUCUUCAAGGUCUUAAAUUGCAUAUGAACAAUGGUCAUGUGGGCAAAGUAUUAAAGGUUAGCUUAUCUUCAUACAACUAUCCUAAAAUGGUUCAUCAAGCACAGAUGGAGAAAUUGGCAAAGAUGUGUUGAUCCACAUACACACCUGCUUUGUAGAGUUUUUCUGUAUAUUUCAAAUUAUUAAGCAAUAUUGAGAGAAUGGAUUAAGUAAGAUGGUUAUGAACUUGUGCAAUUCAUCUUAUAUAUAUAUAUAUAAAAAAAUCACUGACUUGAGGUUAUUUACUGCAUCUUGCAGUGUGUGUGUGUGGGGGGGGGGGGGGGGGGAGGGGAGAAGGGGAAGAGCAGGAGAGAGAAAACACCAAUAUCUGUGUAGAAAAAAAUUUAAAGCUUUACUCUGGGCCUUGCACUUAAACCAGCUGUCUAAUUAGUCAAAACUACAUCCCUUUCAAAACACCUAUUUUUGAUAUUGGUGGUCUUACCUAAUCAUGUGAGGGGGAAAAAAAUACAGCUCCUGACAUGUAUUUUGUAAUUAAAAGAUUCAAACUAGCUAAAUUUCUACUUAAUGUUUUGUUUGUUGGUGCAAAAUAUAAAAAGGGACAUUUGGUACAUAACACGUCUUCCUAAUACUGCCUGAUUGGAAAUAAGUUCACUGUGUUGAUCAAUGUUUUGCUGAAUCAAGGAAGUAAUGUUAGUGCAUUUAAACAGAAAAUGCUGGAAGUACUCAGCAGGUCAGGCCACAUCUCUGGGAUAAGAAGCAGUUAUUUCAGGUCAAAGACAGGUCUGUUCCUCUUCCUACAGGUACAGCCUGAUGCUGAGCAUUCUCCAUUUUUAUUUUAGAUUUCCAGCAUCUACAGGUUUUUUUAUUUUCAUGUAUUUACAUUAAGCUGGCAUUGCUGUGAUUGAAACCUCAGGUGAUGAGAACAAAAAAAAAACUACCUCUGAAGAUUGUAGCAGAGAAUAACUGUGAAACAAUGCGAGGCAGAAAUAGUCGAUGCUUAAAUCAGUUUUUAUUCAGGGUUUGGGGCAAGUAUUUGAAUGGGUGGACAGCAUGCUCCUGCUUUCAGAUUUUCACACAUUUUGUAGAAUUCCUGAAAUGUGAAUCUAAAAUGCUAUUUACUAAGGAGAUGUAAAGAGCAAAUCAACAAAUACAAGUAUGGAUUAAUAACU